AUGUUUGAAAAAUUAUGUUUCCUUGAAAACACCAUUCAGUUUCCAUCUGCCGUCAACCACGCAUCGAAUGCCUCAAUGGAAGACAUCUUGGUAGCUGGGGGCUGGGACAGUGAUGGUAAUGCUUUAAAAUCUGUUGAGAGAUUUUCGUGGAAGAAGAAUGUCUGGGAAAGAGUGUCCUCAAUGAAAGUUGGUCGUAAAGGAGCAACGUCGUUUGUUUACGAGAAUCAAGUAUUUGUCGCUGGCGGAUGUGAUAGUCGCGUAAUUGAGGUAUUAAAUUUGAACGAAGAUCUGUUGCAGUGGGAUGAAUCUAUGGCUAAACCUCCCUACCAUUGUGAAUACCUUCGCUCUGUGGUUUACCAGAACCGCGCAGUUAUUUUAUGCGCAUGUGAGGACACUGAGUAUUGCGCAGAACUUUGUCUUACCGCACCUUACCCAUGUAAGCAGUUGUGUAAAAUUCCUGAACCGGCAAGAAAAUCUUAUACCGUGGUUGCAUUUGAGCACAAAGUGUUAAUUUUUGGAGGAUUAUGUUGUGGUACAGAUGAUGAUGUACUUGAUAGCGUGUUAGAAUUUAACAUUGGUACGAAUAAAUUUAAAGCUAUGCCUUCAUUUCCCUGCGGUCUGUGUAAUUUGGCAAGUGUUCGUUGGCGGGAUCAAGCAAUUUUGAUUGGAGGUGCGGUUAAAGAUGGCCCAUCAAAAAAGGUUUAUAUGUACAAUUCCAAAACGGGCACCACCACUGAAUUGCCAUGUAUGUUAGAAGAAAGAAAUGGCUGUGCUGCUGUCAUUACAGGCAAUACAAUUGUUGUGAUGGGUGGACGGGGAAAGACGACAGGUCGUGUUAGAUCUGUUGAAGCUUUCACUUUGGGAGGUUAUACCUGGAGAUAUCUUCCUGCUAUGAAUGAAAUUAGAAGUCUCUCUACUGCAACUGUUUUACCAACAAAAAACUUUUGA